AGUGCGCAUGCGAAACUGGCUCGAACUUAUUGCUAACUUCUUUAGCUCUUUUUUUUAUGUCGAGCCAAGUUGCCUUUUGCGUGUGACACGAAUUUUAACAAGCGUUUCUCUCAUGAAGGCGGUAAUUCUAGCUGCCGGUUACGGGACCCGGCUUCAAAAGGACGUGUUGUCUGACCGCAGCGGGAGGUACGCGCACCUGGCCGGUGUCGCGAAGCCGCUGCUGCCGGUGGGUGACCGGGCAUUGAUAUCUCACUGGGUCCGCGCACUGAGCGACUCCGGCGGUGUGGACUGCAUCUAUGUAGUGACCAACGCCGUCUACCUCAGUGCUUUCCAGGAGUGGGCAGCCCAUUUCCCCAACGUCCAAAUCCUCUGUGAUCAGACAACUAGUAAUGAUAAUCGUCUCGGUGCAGUGGCGUGCCUGCAGCUGUCCAUCAAGCACUUCCAGAUAGACGACCACGUCGUGGUUAUCGGCGGUGACACGCUCUUCAGAGAAGACUUCAGUGUCCGUCGGGUGCUGGAGAGGUUCUCUCACCUACAAGCAGAGAAAGACAGCAGUUGUCUGGUGCUCUCAUAUCAGUGCGCAGACCAAGAAACUCAAAAGUAUGGAAUUCUGGAGGUGGACGCUGACCAUCGUGUUGUCUGCAUGAAAGAGAAGCCACUUCCGACGGAGACUCCAUCACGGAGAGCGUGCCCGUGCUUUUAUGUCCUCUCGAAGAAAAGUCUCCACUAUCUGGACACAUUCCUUGAAGAGAAGAAGGAUGCUCCCAUCGGUCAGAGAGAUGCUCCUGGGAACUUUGUCUCGUGGAUUAUUCCUCGGGCACCAGUUUUCGCUUAUCACAUCUCCGGGCGUUUUGAUGUUGGAAAUUUGUCCUCGUAUCUGGAGUGUGACCUUUACUUCAGAGACAAACUACAAGACGUGCAGUCAUACAUGGUGUGAGCCUGUAAUCUUUAUUUUGCAAUGCUGUUCUUUGAAAUCAUGAUUUAAUCUUUAAAAAAGUUGCACCAGUUAACCAGUGAGCAGCCGCGUGCACUUGUCCGUGGCCUUCUCGCGGCCGUUCUCCAUCUUGGCGAUGCGGGAGCCGAACUGCAUGGCUCUCUUGGGCAGGACGGCCGAGUGGGUCAGGCCGAGACGCUUGGCAGCUAAACGCAGGAGUAGUUUCUCCCCAACUCCUCGAGGUAGAGUCAGAUCCGCCUUCUCCCACACUGGCAAGGCAUUCAAGUAGCUGACCACGUCCUCAUCCAGGAAGGGAAACCUGCAGCCGCACCAGUGUGAGUUUGACUCAGCUGAACGUUCAACUGGACUUAUAAGUUCAUUCAAUACUGUUGUCAAUCAAUAUGUGUUUCAUGAAUAACCACGACAAGCAACAUUUCCUUGAAUUUGGGGUUGGAUAAAAUUGUGAAGCAAUACAAUAAAUUACACCUUUUAUCAAAUGUUUUUACACAGUUAUUUCUAUCCUUAGUAUGUGUUUCACUGACUUGGCAUUCUCAAAUGUUUCCAUAAAUAUAAUACUACCUGUUCUUCAUUGGUUUUUUUUUCCCACACAAUGUUUUUAAUAGUGAAACA